GGGGGGCGCGGCUGCGGCGGAGGCGGCGGCGGCAGCGCAGCCGCGCGGAGCGGAGCGGGGCCGGGCCGGGCUGCAGAUGUGCUGCGGGGGAAGCGUGCCCCGGAACCCCCAUUUAAUCACCCUGCUCCUGAAAAGCAGAGCACGAAAUGCCGUGUAAAGCCCUGCCCGGAGCCCCCGAGCCCGUCCUGCAGAAGUUGAUAAAAAGAUGAAAGCCUCGGUCAUGCUUUGCAGCAAAUUUCAUGUAACAUACAAGGGGAACUGAAGCAGAAACCAAAGCCAAGGCAAAGCAGCAUCUGACCUUGUCACUGGGGGGCAGAAAACAGCCGCUGGUUCCACUGGUGCUUCAAUCAAGCUCCCUGGGCAAUGUGGAAUUGCAGAGAGCUCACAAAGUGCAAGUUCCUUCCAGGUCCGUGGGGUGAAUAAAAAUUGUUAAUUCUUGGCUUGAUUUGUCAUCCUUUGGGGGCAAAAAAAGGUAUGUCAGACUGGCAAUUAUACAGUUAGACCGAGCACAAGUGGAAGUGGGUUGCUCCGGAGAUGAGAGUGUCUGAGGCCAGCAAAGCCAAGGAGAAGCCUGUUCAACUCCACAUCUACCCGGGAUUCCUUGGAGAGGUGAUAAAGUGAGUAAUAAGGAGAAGUGGGAGUUAUAAAGUGAAUGCGACAGCUCCAGCAGAACUUCUUCUCACUGCCACAUACGCUCGUUACAAAGCAACUAAUGUUAUUUGGAAAUCUAUUUGAGGAGAAAAUGCACUUUGAGCAUCUCUGCAGUUCUUGUGUCUGAAGCAUUGAUCAGGAAAAUCGGCAGCACAACGCCAACAAAGGAAAAGAGAAUAUGGUGAAGGCAGCUAAAGAAAUUCAAAUGGAGAACCCAAGAGAGGCAGAGACUCCCAGCACAGGAGCCACAUGUUCCCCACCAGAGGAACAAGCGAAAAAACCCUCUAUGCUCUGUUUUAAGAAGCAGAAGAAGUCCUGUAAGAAGGGGCUGACUGUGAAGGAUGCGUGCGAAGGAGCCUCAGAAGAGAAAAGCCAAUGUGUCAGCACUGACCAAGAGGAGACAAAAGCUUCCAAUCCAUCACGAUCCUCCAAAGGAACUUGGGCAGCCAUCAAAAACCUUGCCAAACCUCGGAGAAGGCAGAAGUCCUCCUCACGGAAGAAGGUGCCCUCUGAUUCCCAAGUGCAGCUGGAGGUGGAUGCUGAGGAGAGCUGUGCGCGAGACCUCCCAAAGAAACGGGCGAGCUCUGGGGUGAAGAUGCCCUGUGUGAGAUUCUCCAGAGGCAAGAAAAAACCCAGCCCCUCAGAAGCAGUGGAGGAGUCAGAGGGCAGUGUUCAAGCAAAUGAAGUGAUGGGUGUUGUGAAUAAGGCUAGUGAAGUGCCAGAGGAUUUGGCCCCGACGGACAAAUCUGAACCCUUCAGCCCAGUCUCUGCACAGGAGGAGCGGGAUACGGUGAAGCAGGAGCAGCAUAGAAUGAAAGAGGACAAGGACACAAUGAAAGAGGAUCAGGAUACAGUGAAGGAGGACCAGGAUACAGGGAAGGAGGACCAGGAUACAGUGAAAGAGGACCACGAUACGGCAAAGGAAAGUGACACCUCUGUUGGGAAGAGUGAGCCCUUGACAGAGCCCACACGUGAUGCAGAGGAACAUUCGGAGUGCACUGUUCAGUUGGAGAUAACCCAUUCAGAGACAGUUGAUGAAACAGCCCAGGACAAACUGCAGGAAGGGAGCCUACCCCAAAUCACCAACGAUGCAGAGGGCAGGGAAGUUGCUCCCGAAGCACCUGUUCCUAAAGACCAACCUGACGAUGUCCCUGAAAUCACAGAGUGGCAGGAAAUCCCUAAUAUCUGCAAAGAGAUGCCUGAAAGGGAUGAACUGGAAAAGAGCAUAAAUCUUCCUAAGGAGUGCAAAGCUGAGGAGUCUGUAACUGAUUUCAGUGAGUUGGCAUCUGGAGGUGAUGAGGCAGUGAGUGUACAGGAAUGCUCCAGCCAUCAGAUAUUAGAAGCAAAUGCAGGUGCUGGUGUCAGCAUCAUCAUCACCAUCACCGAAGCUGAGGACUCCGACAACACCGACUCUGACCAGGCCUAUGAGCCAUCCCCAGUUUUGCAUCAAAAAAAGCAAAAAGGGAAUAAAAAAUCGAACAAGAAUGCUGAUGUUGGUCAAAAAGAGGGCCCCGAGGCUGGUGGCAGUCCCCAGGCAGAGGAGAAAGGUCUGGGUGACCAGGGGCACAGAACUGGGGAGCAGUACGAGUUGCUCCUUGUAGAAACUGCCUCUUCCCUCGUGAAGGCGGCCAUUCAGUCAUCCAUAGAGCAGCUGGUCAACGAAAUGGCCCUGGAACAGAAUAAACACAACAGCUUUCUGUGAUGGCAGCCUUGCCCCAGAGAGAAAGAGUAGAGGGAGUGAUUUCAAGCUCCAUUUGGCCUGCGGGGUGUGUGGAGAACUCGGAGAGCCCCCGGGGCCGAGGUGUAGUUAAUUCUGCAUGCCCGUUCAGUUGUGUGUCUACGUGGAACGGAUCCUGGGAUGUGGGCAGACCCUGCUGAGUGCAGUGCAUCCCCUGGGGCUUCAGACAGCGCCACUGACCACAGCUGCGGAAAAAUUAAGAUGUUACAGUGACUGUAUUUUCACUUAUUGGCACAUUUAUGUCAAGGCCACAUUUCUGCCGUCACCCAUGUCCUAUUUCCCCGCUGCUCACGCUGCAGAUCUGUACAUACCAUGUGUUUGAAGAAAGGUCCUGAGAGGCAGUGAGUGCCUGUCCUGCUGCUGGGCUGCAUUUGGGGCACGCUGAAACAGCUGGAGGCUUGCUGGGGCUCUACUGCAGACGAGGAAGAGUGAAGUGUCUGCAACAUUAACAUGGAAGCAUCAUUGCCAGGCUGUGUUUUGUGCUGUGAACAGGCCCUCGCUACUCACAGGCAGCAGGAACCGCGGUCACUGCUGUCGCAUGAAGCCGGCGAGUUCCAGCGAGCUCCCUCUGUCCUUCCCUCGGCCUCUCCCCCGUCACAAGCAGCCUGUGCAUCUCCAGAUUCGCCCAAGCUCAGCAUCAGCCUCGCCUUGCUGACCCCGGGCUGCGCGAAUGCCAAGAAAGCGACAGCGCCUCGUUGGCUCUGGGGCCUUUCUCGCACCAUGAAACCCAAGGGGCAGAACUCCCUGCUGGGCUGGGCGAGAGCAGCUCUGCCACAGGCAGCCCCUCUCCUCCCUCUCCUCCCUCGCCUCCCUCCGUCCCCAUCCCGCUGUGGUGGUGAAGCUCUCCUCAGAUGUAGCAUAUUUUUUAUACAUGGCAUGCGAUAUAAAUAGCAGUGAGCUGCAUGCGUGUUAGCAGUCAACACAGUUUGGGAAGCUGCCGUGUGCUGCCGGCGCUGGGAUUGCUUUGGUUCGGUCUGAGUGCCGCUGGCAUCCCCGGCUGCUGGCGGCAGCCUGUCCCUCACCGCUCCCCGCUCGCAGCAAAGCCCUCCUGCCUUCAUCCAGCCCAGGCAUCCCUUGGGAAUGCUGCAUUAUGCCCGGCUCGCUGCCACCAGGCUCUGGCACGCCAUGUAGCUCGCUCUGAAACAUGCAGGGAAAUGCUGGAGCAAUCUUACCAAAGUCCUCAGGGAAAAACAUCCAGACAUGAGGGCCUGAGGACAUGGCUGGAAAAUGCCUGGACAAGCCUACUGCUGUCGAACCCCCGCGAACUGCCCUGCCCCAAGGGGGUUUGCGCAGGGCUAGCGCGUGUGUGCGAGCAUCACCUCCAACUAGCAGCUCUCCAGGAGAAAGGGGCCUUUUAAUGACAUGGGAUUGCAUCUGCGUGGCUGGGAGUUGUGUCCAGCUGUGGGCAAGGCAGUGUGUUCCUCUGAGAGAAUUCUCCUGCGUGUUCCUCAGCCGGCACAGAAAUAGCAGCCGCGCUUGGCAAUUGCUCCCUGACCACGCGCUGAGAUUUCCCUUCCCAGCGCAGACUUUGGAUUCCUGCUGAAAUACAAGGGCUGUACCUGUCCCUUGUACCUGGUGCACAACCGUGUUUUAAACCUCCUUAAAACAUCUCCUCGAUGUCACGAGAGGACUGCGAGCAGCAAGAGCCACAGCUCAUCUCUGCGCAAGUAAAACUUAAAAAAAACCCCAGAGGGUGGUAAAGAAAAAAAAAAAGUGUCUUUUUUUUUUUCCUGUGAAUUUGUUUAUUAAGUUAUCAGCUAUUGAUAAUUCAGUGUGUACAAUUUUAAUGUCUUUUUACUUCAUACUGGUCCUUUCAGAUAUUUUGCCAUAGUUUUGAAAAAGGGACUUUUAGAGGACUUUUAGAUGUACCUUUGGAGCUGCCACAGCACCCUGGGAAGAGCCAUCCUGACGCUGGGAGUGGCUUAUGGGAUUACACUGGGCACUGUGGCAGGCUGGUGCUGAGCAAAGGGCUGCAGCAUUGCUGUGGGAUCUCACUGGAGUCAGCUGCACAGGAGGAUGUCCAAGCUUCAGUAAAUAAACACAAAAUAACCCCACAGGGCCAGGCUGUCAUCCUCUAUCAGCCUGCUAAGCUGUUCUGGGAGGAUUUUGUGUUAUUUCAGUGUUGCCUUUUAGGUGAAACACAUCUUCAAAAAAGGAGGAGAAUGGCAGAAAUGCUUAGUCCUGCCCUGCCCUGCAACUUGCUCUGUGUCAGGGGGUUGGUUUGCAUCCUCUCUUGUAGCUGGCUUUCCUUCUGUUACAGCUGUACAUAGAACUGACGAUUAUUUCAUUAAAGCUGAAUGUACCUGUU